AUGGCAUCCUCGUCAAACAAACGCAAAGGAGGGCAGAAAGGCGGUGCCAGGAAAGCAGAAAAUAACAGGAUCUAUGCGCACCCCCUGCCGCUCGUGCUCUCCCCACCCCAACCGCGCACUUUUAACCCUCACUGCGAAGGCGUUUUCGACCCUGCAACCCGCUCCGUUUGGAUCACAAAUGAGAAGGACUCGACCAUUCUCUGGCGGAGGGGCUUCUUCGGGAAGGGCGAUCUCUCCCGUAGCGAGCCGUCCUGGCUCGCGAGACAGGUCAAUGCACGGAAAGCGGCCGGAAAAUACAUGACCUCGGAAGAGGUCCGUGAAAAGCGGAGACAAGAACGCAAACAGUUCAAGCUCGACCGCGCUGCUGCAUUGGCUCGAGCAGCUGCAGAGGCUGAAGCAGCUUUCGCGGAAGGCCGCGAGGCCGCACCGACUUUCAUUCCAUCAGGUGCUACUUGGAAGCCUCAACAGCAAGUUUCCGCUGAGCCUUCAUUGCCCGAGGAACCGCCGGAAGAAGAUGACGAGACAGAACAGGGCCUUGAACUUCUAGAAGACCGAGAGCACCUACAGCUUACUCUCCAGGAAGCGUUCUUCCUCGCCUGGAACUUGGACUGUUUGACUAUUCUCAACUCACAUACGUGGGAACCAAUGAGUCUAAAACAUAUAUGGGCCACAUUCCAAGAUGCGCACUGUGUACCUCACGGGCCACCCACCUACGACAAUCGGUUUGACAACCCCUUCCUUGUGAACUAUGCGGCAUACCACUACUACCGCUCGCUAGGCUGGGUAAUCAAAGGCGGCAUCAAGUUUUGCGUCGACCUGCUGCUCUACAAACGCGGCCCAGUCUUCCACCACGCUGAAUCAAGCGUCCAGUCCCUUCACCCUCCCGAACUCCACACCUUUUCUUGGUCAUGGCUGAGUACCGUGAACCGCGUCAAUUCCCAAGUCAUGAAGACUCUCAUCCUGACCUACGUCACCAUCCCCGCCCAAUCCCGGAUAUCCACGGAGCUACUGUCGUCGCCAGCCUGUCUGGCCCAUUACUCCGUCAGAGAUGUAGUGUUGCGGCGAUUCAUCCCCGCACGAAUGCGCGACUGA